GAGACCGCCCGGUGCCUUUACGGCACGUUACGGUCACACGUGUUGUAGUCGCAUGGAAUUUCGGCACAGCGGUCUGGAGUGUAGCCGCUUGGUCAAAUUUAGCAUUUGAGGAAAAUGUCGUUCAGAGGAGGAGGACGAGGUGGUGGAAGAGGUGGAGGUUUCAACCGAGGUGGUGGAGGAUUUGGACGAGGUGGAGGAGGAUACGGUGGAGGCAGAGGUGGUGGAGGAUUUGGACGGGGUGGUGGAAGAGGGGGUUUCAACAGACAGCAAGACUAUGGACCUCCUGAAUAUGUUGUUGCAGUGGGAGAGUUCAUGCAUCCAUGUGAAGAUGACAUUGUCUGCAAGUGCACAACAGAGGAAAACAAGGUUCCCUAUUUCAAUGCCCCAGUGUACUUGGAAAACAAGGAGCAGAUUGGAAAAGUGGAUGAGAUAUUUGGCCAGCUCAGAGACUUUUAUUUCUCAGUAAAACUUUCUGAAAAUAUGAAGGCAUCUUCAUUCAAGAAACUACAAAAGUUUUAUAUAGAUCCAAUGAAGCUACUACCACUGCAGAGAUUCCUCCCGAGGCCACCAGGAGAAAAGGGGCCUCCAAGAGGAGGCAGAGGUGGGGGUAGAGGUGGAGGAAGGGGUGGUGGUCGUGGAGGUGGUUUUCGAGGAGGCAGAGGUGGAGGUGGCCGUGGUGGAGGAGGAGGCCGUGGUGGAGGAGGCUUCAGAGGAAGAGGAGGUGGCGGUGGUGGACGUGGAUUCAGAGGUGGGAGAUGAUCUGACUCUGAUGGUUCAUUGUGACCAUCACAUCCUUGUGGUCACUCUCGCAGCUAAAAGGUUAUGAUCUGUGUCAGAUCCUGGCCUGUUGGACUCAUAUGAAGAUUGUCUCUAUUUGUAGAGUUGAUUUUCCUGUUCUAUUUUAAUUUGUUUUUAUUUUUUACCAGUUAUGGAAGAUUGCUGGAUCUUCAAGAUUUGUAUCUAAAAUGUAUUCUUGUAGCUGGAACCUUUUUGAGUCAUUUGUGGGGAUUAUUGUAUAUUUGUGAGAAGAACGACAGGCGUUUGAACAUAUUCACAAACCUCCGUGUCCAAACGUCUUCAUGUGCAGGAUGUCAGACUUGUUUUCAGCUGAAAACAUUGGUAGUUUGUAAUAUAAAGAGUUACCAUUGCAAUCAAAUGCCUCAAUUAAAAAAAGGUGCUUUGUAA